CAGUGGCAUUUCUGAUAUUUCCUUCUAGACCAGGGUGCAUUACGGAGGGUCGGUCGCAAGAUUUAUUUCUCUCGCUAGCCCCUCGCGUGCUACCCUUCGUGCCUGCCGGCCAAGGUCGGGUCGCCAACGAAGCGGCGUCGCAUUUGCCCAUCUCCCUCGCCGGUUACUCUCUCUCUCUCUCUCUCUCUCUCUCUCUCUUACAAAUCGUGGUUUAUCUCUCUAGUUCUCUAUCUCUAGAUUCUCUCGUCGGGCCUAUUUUCUGAGAGAGGGGCCGAGAGGACUCGGAGCAUAUUUGCAUUACUGUAUUGCAGAUCACUCCGUCUUCUAUUUGUGAUUUUUAGCUCCAUAGUGAUGUCGGAUAAAGCUCUCAAGGAUCUUAAUAUGUUACCUGAGUCUGAAAGGAAGAAUGAGAGCUCCAGUGAGGAGAGUGCUAAGCCUCCCAUUGGGAGUAAGAAUGAAACUUUUAAAGAGUGGCAGGGGAAGAACUCCGCCAUGUCAGUUUCAACUCAUAACAAUGGACAUGGAAUUGUGAAUUCUGGAGUUGAUAUAGGAAAUGCAGAAGUAGAAUAUAUUGAAUCUGAGAACUUGAUUGAUCUAGAGGAUGUGGCUACAAGUCUAAAGACACUCUUGGCUGGACUGGACUCUAAAGACUGGGUCUUGGUGUGUGAAGCUCUGAAUAAUGUCCGCAGAUUAUCAAUAUUUCACAAGGAAGCAAUACGUGAUAUGCUGGGGGAUGUGAUCUUGCUUAUUGUGAAGUCACUGAAGAAUCCAAGAAGUGCCGUUUGUAAAACUGCAAUUAUGACAUCGGCAGAUCUUUUCAAUGCAUAUAGUGAUCAUAUAAUUGAUUUUCUUGACCCAAUGCUUGUGCAGCUUCUUCUCAAGUCUUCACAAGAUAAGCGAUUUGUAUGCGAGGCAGCUGAGAGAGCUCUGCUGGCAAUGACUACUUGGGUUUCCCCCAUUUUGUUGUUACCAAAACUGCAACCAUAUCUUAAGAAUAAGAAUCCUAGAAUUCGAGCGAAGGCAUCCAUGUGCUUUUGCCGAAGUGUGCCACGGCUGGGAGUGGAAGGAAUAAAAGCUUAUGGAAUCGACCAAUUAAUCCAAGUAGCAGCAUCUCAGCUCAGCGACCAGCUUCCUGAGUCUAGGGAGGCUGCUCGGACCCUUCUUUUGGAGCUGCAAUUUGUAUAUGAAACGUCUCAUGUUCCCAUGGUAUCUGAUACUCCGGGAGUGGGUUCUUGGGAGCACUUCUGUCAAUCAAAACUCUCUCCUUUAAGUGCACAAGCAGUCCUUCGUGUGACCGGCAUUGCUCGAGAAGGUCUACUAUUGGGUUCAUGACAUGAGGUAUAUACAAGAUAGAUUGUUUUCAAUGAGUAUCGUCUCUUACUGCUUAUCAUGUUUCUGUACCGAAUUUUGGGGAGGAACCUUGUGGUGCCCUUGGCAACUGCACUGCGCGCUCCAGAGGUUUUAGUUUGGUUCACAUCCUUGUAAAUCCUGUGAAAUGCUGACAUGUUUGGAAAUAUGGUUGAAGCAUGUCUCUGGAGUCAGAGCUAGAAUUUUUACCAUAUAUAUACAUAUUGUUUUACUGCUAGCCUUCAUUUCCUGAAUGAUGGAUGAUUUGUUGUAUUGUUCAUUUUCCUUGUUCCAAUCUUUUGUACUCAUGCUUGCAACUGAUGACAAGUGUUGGAAGACUGGGACUUAAAAGGUAUAUUGUUACUUGUUAAGCACAAUUCAAAUGAUCAAGUUUAUUUUA